GAGAGAGUGGAGAAGAGCUCAUAUGGCUCGACGGCGUUGGAGGUGUGUCUCUCGCUCGCUGGCAAUUUGCUCACACUCAGCUCCGCCUUCCCCUGCGAUCGGCGUCAGCCUGUACCGAUCUAGCUCGCCAUCAUGGGGCGCAUGCACAGUUCUGGGAAAGGUAUGUCCUCGUCGGCUCUGCCGUACAAGAGGUCCCCACCCUCGUGGUUGAAGAUCACCACUGCCGAGGUGGAGGAGCACAUCUGCAAACUCGCCAAAAAGGGUUUGACCCCUUCUCAGAUUGGUGUAAUUCUGAGGGACUCGCAUGGGAUUGCCCAGGUCAACAGCGUAACUGGAAGCAAGGUGCUGCGUAUUCUCAAGGGCCACGGUUUGGGCCCUGAGAUCCCCGAGGAUUUAUACCACUUGAUCAAGAAGGCUGUGGCCGUGCGCAAACAUUUGGAGAGGAACCGCAAGGACAAGGAUUCCAAGUUUCGUCUGAUUUUGAUCGAGAGCCGUGUCCACAGGUUGGCACGUUACUACAAGCGCACCAAGAAGCUUCCUCCUACCUGGAAGUACGAGUCCGCCACCGCCAGCACUCUCGUUGCUUAGAUGUAGUGGAGGUCAUGAAAGCACUUCAGCUACAUUUAUGAAUUAGGUGUGGAGGAUAUUGACAUCUAAUUGUUGUAUACGGUUAUUUGACUAAGAGGUUAUGGUUUGUUCUUCCAGGACUUGAUCAAAUCUCUAAUGCCCGUUUUGAAGGUAGUUUCACUCAAUAUUCCUGCUUUAUAUUGAUUGACUACCAUGCUUUUAAGAAUUGAGUUACUAUUAACAGCGCAA